CAGUAGUAUUACGCAGAUAAUGUGCCAAAACAUCUCCAUGAUGAAUAAGCGUUCAAAUCAAAAUAGACACAUUCACACUCCUCUACUGAGGAUGCUACAUCUGAAAGGGAUGCAGUUUAUGCUUGACUGAGCUCUCCAGCAUCAGGGGUGCUCAGCCAAUCAGACGGCACUCCCGGUGUCUCCCUGCCUCUUAAUUGGCUGACACUUCCAGCAAGAGUAGCUGAUCUACGCGUGGAGCCUGGCUUUAUCAGCCAGUAAGCCAGUAGACCGAAGCAGGGCACACACAGUGAGAAUAGAAAGAGCAAUAAGAGGGUGACUGUUGCUAGAGAUAAGCGCUGCCGAAUCAAUCAAGAUGAACCACAGCUCCAACGAGAAAGAACCUGAGACCAUAGAGCCACUGCGUUACCUCAGUAAAACUGAAGUGGCGACUGUUGAGACGGAGCUCCUGAGGGACUAUCGCUUCGGCCAGCAGCAGCUGAUUGAAAUAUGGGGCCAUGCCUGCGCUAUUGCCAUCACCAAGGCUUUCCCUUUAAGCUCUUUCAGUAAAAAGCAGCCCACCCUGCUGGUUGUUUGUGGUCCCGAGCAGAACGGCUCCAUCGGUUUGGUGUGUGCGCGCCAUCUGCGCAUGUUUGAAUACGAGCCCACCAUUUUCUAUCCCAAGCGUUCUCCUCUGGGUUUGCACCAGGACUUCACUGUUCAAUGUGAGAAAAUGGACAUCCCUUUCCUAUCCUAUCUUCCCACAGAGGUCCAGCUGUUAAACGAUGCCUACAAUCUGGUGAUCGACGCCAUCCUGGGACCCGAAACUGACCACAAGGACGUGAAGGAGCCUUAUGCUGGGAUGCUGGUGACUCUCAAGCAGGUCAAAAUACCCAUCGUUAGUGUGGACGUGCCCUCAGGUUGGGAUGUCGAUGAACCCGCCAAAGAUGGGAUAAAUCCAGAAGUUCUCAUUUCUCUGACAGCUCCCAAAAAGUGUGCAACGGGCUUCUCGGGAAAGCAUUUUCUGGCGGGGCGAUUCCUGCCCUAUGACAUUCAGAAAAAAUAUGAACUCAAUCUGCCAGAAUUUCCCGGCACAGAAUGUAUUAUAGAACUGUAGCUGUUUCUACAAGCCUGUAUUUUGAUUACCAAGAUGUUUUUCCCCCCUUUUGUAUUUUCUAGAUGGUUCUGUGGCAUUCAGUAACUGACAAAUAUGACUAGAUAUUUUGGUGAGUUUCAGAGGUGGAGUUAGAACUAUUUAUUAAAUUUUGCAAACUUUUAACAUUUGUUGACUUCUCUAAAUCGCCAAAAUACAAUUUUGUUCAGCACACAAGUCUUCUUAAUGUUGGAUAUUUUCAAAGUGCAUUAUCCUAAUAGUGCCUCCAGUCCAAUGUGCACAAAUCCUCCAAAUCCAAUGCAUCUCUGCUGGAAUUUGACUCCAACGCGAGUUUAUUCACCUGUCCUUUUUUUUGGGAAAAGUUGUAUAGCAUCCAAGACUGUGUACAUCGUUUUGUUUUUAUCAUACAUGCUCAAUGUACAUGUGUUUUCUUAGCUCUUAUAGGUUGAAUGAAUAAAUUAUCUAUGUAAAAACUCUGUUUAAUCAUUCAGACCUCAAAUUCGGGUGUUUAAAGGAACCUGCGGAUGUUAUUAUUUAGCCAAACCUCAGAAAAUGUGCUCUAUCAGCCAGUAUUUGGGAACAAGAGGUCGUUACGAUAUUCUUUAGACCAUACAGUAUAUUAUUCCUUCCCAGAGAUUUAUUCAAAAGUCAGGAAAAGGCGUGGGUGAUAUAAAGGAAUGUUUCUGUCUAAAGCAACAGUAUGUGGACAGGAAUAUCGUAAUGAUUCAUCACUAAUGCAUUAUAGGCUGCUUCGGGACGUUGUGUAAACUCGGAUAUAGUCAUCAAAAGGUGGACGCGAAAUCAUCCGGAGGUCAUAUUUCUUAUUCUGCCAAUAAACAUUUUACAUUUCUGUGCACUCCAUCGAAGGCCAAAAAGUAGGUUUAUUGUCUUUAAACACACACACACACACACACAGAGCUUCACAAAGGUAGCAGGCGAAUGCCAUAUGCACUCAAUAUGGUGACAAAGGAAAAUAUGAAAAUCUGUUUAGACUGCCAAGGAGUUGGGGUAAAUAUUUUGGUCUGUGCUUUUCUUUGCAAAUCUGGCUGUUUAUUCU